AUUGAAUACUAGAGUACUAAAGUGGUCCUACUAUACUAAACACCAAACUAGUACACACGGACCCAACCGGGCCUAUUUGUCUUCUUCUAUUCCAUAGGUUCCACAUAGACCUCUUCAUCUGCAUAAUAAUCACAAACCAUAACAUAACCCUCACAUUCCUAAGUCAACUUUUCAACUCACAUCCAGUUGCCCAUGGAGCACUUGUUAGGUUUACUCAGGGUUCAUAUCCACAGAGGCGUAAACCUCGCCGUUCGUGACGUCACUACUAGCGAUCCUUACGUCGUCAUCCGUAUGGGCAAACAGAAAUUGAAAACCCGAGUGGUUAAGAAAAACGUGAAUCCUGUGUGGGAUGAAGAUCUCACUCUCUCCAUCGCUGAGCCUCAACCCGUCACGCUUGAGGUGUAUGACAAGGAUACAUUAAGUUUGGAUGACAAGAUGGGGAGUGCUGAAUUCGACAUCAAACCAUUCGUCGAAGCUGUUAAGAUGCAUUUAGGGAAUCUACCAAAUGGCACGAUCAUAACCAGCGUGAAACCGACAAGGACCAACUGUUUGGCAGAAGAAAGCCACAUAACAUGGACCGACGGGAAAGUGGUCCAAGACAUGGUUCUUAGGUUGCAAAAUGUCGAGUGUGGAGAGGUUGAGAUUCGACUUUCGUGGAUCGACAUUCCAGGCUCCAGAGGCCUCUAGAUGUUCUAAGCCUUUUCGCAUGUUUGUUUUGUAAAUCUUAUCAAACCCUGCUAGUUUUUAUGUUGUUGUUUGAAGUGUUGGGUGUUAUUUAUGUAAAAGAACAUGUUAGGAUUAUGUUUAAGGAUUAUAUGUAAGUUUUUGAGCCGUUGAUUAGACGGACAUAUAGUUGAUUAAACGAUUGGUGUCCGAGACAGAGUUAA